UAACUUUAGUUACGGAACAUUAUGUGCUUGGAACUUUUAUGUUACGGUUACUGUUAUGGAAAGUGUGUUGAUUAAAGUUUAUCGAGGUUGGUCGAAGCCCGUACAACGUUUUAAAGAACAAAAAAUUCUCUAUUUAAAUUCUCUGUUCUUUAUUAAUUUCUCUAUUCUCUAUUCUAAAACUUUGAAUUUUUAACAACAAACUUUUAUGUUUAGGUCUUUUAAAUUUUCUUUUUAACACAAUUAUAAAAAAUUUAAAUACACACAGAGCAUACAUACCAAAUUUUACCUACUGUUUUUAUUAUUUAUAUAUAAUUAUAACGGAAAGAACUGAUGUCAUUACUUGUUUUGAAAUAAAUAUCAUGAGACUAUCGCAUGUUUAAUAAUCCUACUAAUAUUACAAUCAUGCACUGAAACUUCGCAGUAUAAUAUCGGCGAAAUAUAGGACCACGAAAAAAAUUUCAACACGAUGCGCUGUGUUUCGUGACCUAUACAGUUUGUUAAAACGUGGCUAUAGUGUCUAUUAAUACAAUAUAUAACGUAUGGCGGAUCUAUCAUAAGUUAUUAUAGGUUAGAAGUACAUAAAAAUCUACAAGUGAUUGUGUAAAAUUACAGUAUAAGUACUGUUUACAAAUUAAAUAUUAGACGGUAUUAGUUUCUAACUGCCGAAAAAUGAUACAUAGUCUUUUUAUUAUUAAUUCUGCUGGAGAUGUGUUUAUGGAAAAACAUUGGAAAAGUGCCGUUGCACGAUCACUAUGCGAUUAUUUUUUUGAUCAACAACGAAGAGUCCUUUCUCUUGAAGAUACACCACCUGUGAUAGCUACGCCUCAUCAUUAUCUUAUUAGCAUAUAUCGGUGUAAUAUGUUUUUUGUAGCAGUAUGCAUGACAGAAGUUCCACCAUUAUUUGUCAUUGAAUUUUUACAUAGAGUAGUUGAUACUUUUGAAGAUUAUUUCAGCGAAUGCACAGAAUCUAUUAUUAAAGAAAAUUAUGUAGUAGUAUAUGAGUUAUUAGAUGAGAUGUUAGAUAAUGGGUUUCCAUUGGCAACAGAAUCCAAUAUUUUGAAAGAAUUGAUUAAACCUCCUAAUAUUUUGCGUACUAUUGCAAAUACUGUUACCGGUAAAUCAAAUGUUAGUGCAACAUUACCAAGCAGUCAGUUAUCUAAUGUUCCAUGGAGAAGAACAGGAGUUAAAUAUACAAAUAAUGAAGCUUAUUUUGAUGUUGUGGAAGAAGUAGAUGCUAUAAUUGAUAAAACUGGAUCAACAGUUUUCGCAGAAAUACAAGGCUAUAUUGACUGUUGUAUAAAAUUAAGUGGUAUGCCAGACUUAACGCUUUCCUUUAUAAAUCCAAGAUUAUUUGAUGAUGUCAGUUUUCAUCCUUGUGUUAGAUUUAAACGUUGGGAGUCAGAGAGAAUAUUGUCCUUUAUUCCUCCAGAUGGUAAUUUUCGACUUCUUUCUUACCAUAUAGGAUCACAAAAUAUUGUUGCAAUUCCAAUAUAUGUGAGACAUAAUAUCAGCCUAAAAGAACCUGGUGGAGGUAGAUUAGAUAUAACUGUUGGACCAAAACAAACUAUUGGGAGAACUGUGGAGAAUGUAGUGUUAGAAAUACCAAUGCCAAAAAUAGUAUUAAAUUGUACAUUAACACCAAAUCAAGGAAAAUAUUCUUUUGACCCUGUUAGCAAGAUAUUGCUUUGGGACAUUGGAAGGAUAGAUGUUUCUAAAUUACCAAAUUUAAGAGGAUCUAUCACCAUUCAAAAUUCUGCAGUCAUAACUGAAUCUAAUCCUGCUAUUAAUGUACGUUUUACUAUUAAUCAGCUAGCAGUUUCAGGAUUAAAAGUAAAUCGAUUAGAUAUGUAUGGUGAGAAAUAUAAACCUUUCAAAGGUGUUAAAUAUAUCACUAAAGCAGGAAAAUUUCAAAUAAGAAUGUAACAGAAGUAUGUAAAUAUAUAAAUUUGAAGGAUACAUUUUUAAAAGAUUGUGAUAAAUUAUAUACAGGCUUCAAUUCUGUAAUUUGUAAUAUAAAGAUAAGGAAAGUAUAUUAUUAACUAUUUUAUUUUAAAUAAAUUCCAGAAAAUAUCAUAAAUACGAUUAAAAUAUACUUCAAAUAUAUGAAGUAUUUAUAUAUUAUCAUUUAAAUACAUAUGAUUUAAUUGACUUAUAUACGAUAUACUUACAUGUAUAAUGAAAUGUUGUUUAUUAUUUUAAGUUCUACAUUUUUGUUUUAAUAAAUUCCUAGCUUCUAAAUCUUCCCAUGUUGGAUGUGUUGCAUAGGUGUGCAAGCGUUCCAUAUUUGUAGCAUAGAUUGUAUGGUUACUGAUGAGAUUUUUAUGGAUCUACGUAAAACAAUAAAAUAUUGAACAUAAUAUAUACAAUGUUACAAUUUAACGAUAUUAAAUUAAUUAAAUUAAAUAUA